GUGACUUGACGCCCGUUAGUUUUAAUCUCGGUCCGCGGCUCGUGAGGAUCAUUGACACUGCAGAGAUGGCAGGAAGAGACCGGGUCGUUCACCUGCUCAGGCAGCUCGAGCGCGCGGCGUGCAGAUGUCCCGCUCACUCUAACACCUUCCACCAAGGUUCUGGAGCUGCAACAUGUACGGUCAGGAAAACCGACUACGCCUUCGAGAUGGCGAGUUCCAACAUCAGAUAUGGAGAAGGAGUCAGCAGGGAGAUCGGCAUGGACCUGCAGAACCUCGGAGCCCGGAACGUCUGUCUGAUGACAGACAAGAACUUGUCCCGCCUUCCCCCGGUGAAGGCCGUCCUGGAGUCUCUGGCCAAGAGCGGAAUCAAGUACAAGGUGUACGACAACGUCCGGGUGGAGCCCACCGACACCAGUUUUAAAGACGCCAUCUCGUUUGCUAAAAACGACUCAUUCGACGUGUUUGUGGCGGUGGGUGGGGGCUCAGUGAUCGACACCUGUAAAGCAGCCAACCUGUACGCUUGUCACCCUGACGCCGACUUCCUGGACUUUGUCAACGCCCCGAUCGGUAAAGGGAAGCCGAUCACCAAAGCUGUGAAGCCGCUCAUUGCAGUCCCAACCACCGCCGGCACUGGCAGUGAGACGACCGGAGUCGCCAUCUUUGACUACGAGCCUCUGAAGGCCAAGACAGGUAUCGCCAGCCGAGCCAUCAGACCCACGCUGGGUAUUGUGGACCCGACACACACACUGAGCAUGCCCGAAAGAGUUGCCGCCAACAGUGGCUUCGAUGUGCUCUGUCAUGCUCUGGAGUCUUACACCGCUCUGCCCUACAACCAGAGAAGCCCAUGCCCCCCCAACCCCAUCAACCGCCCCGCCUACCAGGGCAGCAACCCCAUCAGCGAUGUGUGGUCCCGCCACGCCCUCAACGUGGUCUCCAAGUACAUGAAGCGAGCUGUACGGGACCCUGAGGACCUGGAAGCCCGGUCCAGCAUGCACCUGGCCAGCGUGUUCGCUGGGAUCGGCUUCGGAAACGCUGGAGUUCAUCUGUGUCAUGGGAUGUCGUACCCGAUCGCUGGAAACGUGAAGACUCACUCAGCCAAAGGUUACAGUGUGGAGCACGCCCUGGUGCCUCACGGUCUCUCAGUUGUCCUCACGUCUCCGGCUGUUUUCAACUUCACUGCCCCGAUGUGUCCAGAGCGUCACCUGGAUGCUGCAGAGAUCCUCGGUGCAGAUAUCCGGCAGGUGAAGCGGGCGGAUGCAGGUGCUGUUCUGGCUGACACACUGCGUCAGUUCCUGUUCGAGCUGCAGGUGGAGGACGGACUGGGAGCGCUGGGUUACAGUAUAGACGACGUCCCGGCUCUGGUCAGAGGAACGAUCCCACAGGAGCGAGUGACCAAACUGUCUCCCAGAGAGCACAGUGAGGAGGACCUGACCGAGCUGUUCUCAGCCUCCAUGAAGCUCUACUGACCCUGAACGCAUCGCCUCUGUCUGUGCUGUGUCGAGCUGCAGUUCUUCUAACAGCCACUAGAUGCUGCUGCGCCUCCACCUGCACAGACUCUAGUGUGACUGGACAUGUGACUGGACAUGUAACCCAUUUGGACGUGUCCUCCUGUCUGUUCAUCAGUGUCGUCAUGUGUUCAUUAAAGGUGCGACUCAAACAUCUGGAUGUAACAUCACAAACUAUCACAGUUUAACAGGAAGUUGAGUAAAUAACAUGAAACUCUUUGUUUUCAGUUUGUCAACAAAUAAAUUAAUAGAUGAAUUAACUGAUUAUAAUAUUAACUUGUUUUAAUGGAUCAACACAGUUUAAAACAUUAAAACAACUGCAACAA